AUGGGUUGUUGGAGCCAAGAAGUGGAGGGGAGGAGAGCACUUAAAUUGCAAGGAGAAUGCAAGCACAUGUCACAAGAAAACCUACGUCGCAAGCACAUUGUGUCUAUCUCCCCCACAAAUCCGAGGCUCGCAGAGGAUCAAGAUUUGGAAGAAGAUAAAAAAUUAAGGAUAAGCGGUGAGCUGUGA